AAUCAACCUAACGUAGGCAACAUGUACACCUCUAGCCUCCAAACAUCUCCACAAAGCCUCCCUCGGAACUUUAUCGUAUGCUAAUGGACUUCGGAGAUAAUAAUUAUGUUCAACAAAUAGUUUUGAAUUCUAAUAGAAAAAGCUUUACGUGCAAUAUAGGGGAAAAGAAGUUUUGUAAUUCUGAGAUUUUCUCGGUGUCCUUUCCACUAGAAAAUGUAGCUGGAUAAGGAAACUCAUUAAUCAGUGGCCGAGCUUUUGGAAUUGGUUGUGACUUUGUAAAUGGAUUUAUUCUGCCAAACUAGUGAAAUACGCAUUACUGGAAGAUUUUGAUUUAUCCAUCCAUCCGCUCCCCCCAAAGGGUAAAAAGGCCAGUGAGGAUACAUGAUUCUAAGCUUUUUAUUCAAGUGCAAAGGGUGAUAUCCCUUUUAACCUUUUAUUCUAAGCUCGUGAGUGUAAGCUAUAUUUGCUUACUACUUCAAAUUUACAGUCUUCAUCAUCAUUAGACUGAUUAGACUUCUAGUUAAGCUAGCUAUAAAUUAAUCUGCUUCUUGAGGUCAAGUGUUAACUCCAAUGGGCUAGCAAAACGACUUGUGGACUGUUCUGAUAUUGAGCAAUGGUUAUUUAAAAAGUGCAGUCGAGAUUGCUCCUUUAUCAGUGCAUUCACUGUAUGUCCAUUAAUUUACUGCAGGAAGGUCUCACUUACAGAAUGGGAUAUGUAUUUUGGAACUGGAAUUAUGUUUUAUGGGGUUGGGUCUGGUGAGAUCAAAACCUUGAUGACCAAUCCGUUUAGCAUUCUAUUUCCCCUGUAUUGCGUGGGUUAAUACGAGUAGAUUAACCCUUUCAAAGUUUCAUCUCUUCUAUCUCUUUUCUCUUUCCUUGUUUUCUUUUAUUUUCUUUCUUUUCCUUGUUCCAUUGUUAUGAAUGCAUUGGUCCUAAUUAUAGUUUAGACUAAAGGCUGACUUUCCUUCAGAAAUCAAUCAGUAUCUACCUUUUAAGGAAUUCAUUGAUUCAUUAUUUUUGCACCUGAUGGAGGAUAUUACCCUCUUGAUCAUUCAGUAUUCUUCUCUUGCCUGUCUUUGUUUGUAUUGGUAAAAUUUUGUCAGCCUUAUACUGAAAAUUGACAUUGGAACUCCUUGGGCCAUUUCUCAUGGAACAAGUUCAGUUGAGAUAUUCUUUACUCUGGAAAUCCUCUUGGCCUUUCAUUUUGGUUCAGCCUGUCCACAAUUUUCUUCUUUCUUUUGCAAAUGCUUCCGGCUUCUGUGGUUCCAUCAGAGUUGCAGUGCCAGCUUAUCUUCCUAGAUAUAUAAGAUGCCGAGGACAAGGGCCAGUGCUGCAGCUAUUAAAUCUGAACCUGAGAAGCCUAUUGAGACUGAAGAGCAGGUUGACUUUGAAGGGGAUAAUGAAGAAGAUGAAGAGAUUGAGUAUGAAGAAGUAGAAGAAGAGGUGGAAAUGGAAGAGGUGGAAGAAGAAGAAGGGGUAGAAGAGGAGGAGGAGGAGGAGGAGGAGGAGGAAAAUGAAAGUGAUGGAGCUGGGGAAGCAAAGGGUUCGAAGGAUGUAAAGAUGAAAGUUGAUACAAAUGCUGAGGAGGAUGUGGAGGAAAAGCAUGCUAAGCUCCUUGCACUUCCUCCUCACGGUUCAGAAGUGUACAUAGGUGGCAUUACUCAAGAUGUGUCUGAGGCAGAUGUGAGGGAUUUUUGUGAGACAAUUGGGGAAGUUACAGAGGUAAGAAUAAUGAAAGGGAAGGACUCAACUCAGAACAAGGGAUAUGCGUUUGUUACCUAUAGAAACAAGGAAUUGGCAUCCAAGGCUAUUAAGGAGCUCAACAACACUGAGCUGAAGGGAAAAAGGGUAAAAUGUUCUCCAGCUCAAGCUAAACAUCGGUUGUUCAUUGGUAAUGUUCCUAGAAACUGGGGGGAGGAAGAUAUGAGGACAGCUGUGACGAACGUGGGGCCUGGGGUUAUUACUAUUGAGUUGGUGAAGGAUCCUCAGAACUCUGGUAGAAAUCGUGGAUUCGCUUUUAUAGAAUAUUACAAUAAUGCAUGUGCAGAGUAUUCAAGACAAAAGAUGUCAAAUUCUGACUUUAAGCUUGAUGAUAAUGCACCAACUGUCAGCUGGGCAGAUCCCAAAAAUGCUGAAACUGCUGCUUCUGCACAG